AACCGUCUCUUUGUAGUGGAGAGUGGUGUUUGGGAGGAUGUUUGUCAGAAUUGUGUGGAGCACGGAAGUUUGAGUGCUUGAGCUGGUCGGACGUGUGCGUCAGUGUUAGCAUUCUGGUUCAUCAUCGACUCUGGAUUCGAAGUAGAGCUUUAGUUAGUUUGUAACCAGAUUUUGCAUUCCGUCGGCAGUGAAGAGUUGUGAAGUGGAGGAAAACUUCUUUCUGAGAGAUCCUGCUGAGUCUUCGCAUCGUGGAUUGUCUUCAUUCAGGUUUUAUAAAUGUGGAGUACCGACGAUAUAUUCUUUCGGGAUACACGGUGGCCUCAGCGUGAACCCUCGGUAUUUUUGAGUGCUUUCAGCUCUGGCCCUUCCGGGAUUACCCCCUGUGGCUUCUCUUCAUUCUACGUUGACAAAAGUGGCUGGUUGCCAAGACGUCGUGGAGUUGGUCUGCUUUGAGUUCCUUUCGGGUCAUGAGGCGCAUGAAGACGAGAAUAUGAUAAUGGGAACGACGCAGAACGUUCCAAGCGUGGCGAGAGGAGGCCAGCUAUCUCUUGGAGGCGCCAAUGUGAAGGAGCUAACUCGAGAUGAGUUGGCGUCUCGAGUGGCGCAAGAAAGAGUUAUUCGUUCACUUGGCAAGCAAGCUGCUACCUCCGCCUUGCUUAUUCAGAGGGUGUGGAGAGGUCGUACAGUUGCAAGACAGGCUGCCGCUCAAGCCCGCGCUGAGUGGGACGAGCAAUUUUUAACACGAUUUGGUGAAAACCAAACUAUGUUUUCUGCUGCCACAAUCUCCAAUAAUUUGUUGCGCCCACUUUUCAUGAUCCUGCGACAUUCAAGUUGUUUCGAUUCGAAUCAGACUCAUGAGCGGGCUGAAAAUAUGGGUCGUCUCGCGAUUUGUUUUCGAAUACUGUUGCAGAGCAUCCACAAUCCAGAUAUGCAUUACAACUACUGCGAUUUAUCUGUUGGAUUUCCGGACAAAAUGUUCAAAUGGAUGUAUCAAGCCCGGCAACUGCUGAGGCUUGCUUGCGCUGCCUUAGAAAAGGAGGGAAUUGGAUCACGUGAAUCAGAACCAAAUGGGAUGGAUAAAAACUGUAUGACGUUAGAGGCCUCCAAUUUGGCUGGAUUGGCAAUGCGAGUUACCAUUGCAUUAACAGACAGUAGUACAUGGAAGUGCUUUGAUGAGCCAAGGCAGGAAGUCAGGAAGGGAAAGGCGAAACUUGUUGCGCUAGACCUGCUGGAAUGGCUAGCAAAUGGCAACGGUGGUCUCUUCUUGGCUGUUCGAUCAUACAUAUUGGCCAAUUUUCCUGUUCCAGGCAUUAUGGAUGAGAAUCCCCGUCCCCGUGGUAAGAAAGACAAAUUUAUAAUCACGGCCAGCAUAAUUACUAUCACUUUAAGACCCCUGCUAAUACUAGCUGAAGAGUGUAACAAAGACUCAGACCGCGAAGCAUUGCAAGAUGUCAAGGACUACAAACUUGCAUCAACGAUGGCAGCAGCACAGUUUUCUGCGCACAUUCUCACUAUUCCUUUUCUACCUCAGCGUCUACCUCCGCCAUUGCUCCCAGCUUUGCAACAUCCCACAGCUCUGUCUCCAUGCCUGCGGUCUUUUGGGGUGCCUAUUAGAAAUCUGCUUCAAAUGGCUAGAACUUCCUCAGCGUUACCUUCGAUUCCCUCUCAACAAGGAAAGGUCGAUCGUAAUUUGGCCGGUGUACCACUUUCAGCUUGGGCUUUGUCCAAUAUCGUGUGCCUUGCUUCCCAUACUCUGGAAAAAAAUUCCCAGUUUGUGAAUGGUUUGGUAUGCCAAGAAUAUGUCCAAGCACUGUGUUGUCUUUUAGAGGACUUAAACCCGUGGAUCGAGACCAUACAGAAACGUAAAAAGGCUGAAAAGAUUGCAGGGGAGGGAGAAGACGAUAGGAGUGUGCAAGGGUCAAAGAUCAUUGGGAUUGGGAAUGAGACUUCCAAAACUCGUGAGACAGUCAUUUUCCAGUUGCUUGUUGAGAACUUAAGACCUCUGCACAAGGAAUGGCAUCUUCUUCAACUCAUGAACGAAGCAGCACUGAAUGAUUCUGCUCCCAUGAUGUUUCUAGCUGCUAAACGAUCGCCUAAGAGUACUACUAAAAAGCUCUUCAGUCAAUCAGACGUAGCAAAAUUAUAUUCCAAUUUGCUGUCAGUAUUUGCAGUGCUGAAUCCCUUUGGAGGGGCGUUGCCAAUUCUGAACCUUCUUGCCUUCACUCCUGGGCUGCUUCUCCAAUUUUGGGAUUGGAUUCAAACCUCACCAGACCUAGCCCACCUUUUGAACUUAGAUUACUUUCAAGGAGAACCUAGUAUUAAGCAAUGUGUUGAAAUCCAACCAGUAAAACCCGAUAAGUAUGUCAAUAAUUCAAGGAAAAGAUGUGCAGGGAGUCGGCUUGCUGCUGCCUUGGGUUUGAAAACUAAAUCAAAAUCUGCAUGUUUUGCUGGGAGUAAUAACUCUUUUAUUGUAGACAAUAAUUCUUCAGGAAGGGACUUGAGCUCGUCCAGGACUCCUGAAAGGUUUUUACCUGGAAGAAUGUCCGUUGGCGGAGUUUCGUCGACUAGGACACCUGAACCAUUUUUUCUACCCCCAAGAAGGUCAGUGGAUCGAUUGAGGUCCACUCCGCGGCGCUCUCCUGUUGGGCGACCAAUUUCUGAUACUCCAAGAAUGACAAUUGACCAUUUAGGUCCUACAUUAAGGGACGAUCGCGUUUGGAGAUCAGAUGUUAUUAGUGAUCGUGCCGACACAAGCAGAUUUUGGGAGUCACCUCAGGUUGUGACAAGGCAGGGUGCCGGUCUAGGAAGAAGAGCUUUACACGGCCGUACAGAAGCAAGCAGGUCAGUUGACAUUCGGUGGGGUAGUGGAGGUAAUAGAGCUAACAGAUACGGUGAUCUGGAGCCCGCUAGGCGAUCAGUUGAUGUUAUCAGAUGGAGGGAUUCGAGGACACCUAAUCGUGCAUGCAGGGAACCAUGCAGACCUCUCGACAUACUGGAAGCAAUAAGGGAUAUGGAGACAGAAGUUGACGUGGCACCUCGGACGACGGAAAUGGAUAUUGCUAAAAAGGGUCCAGAAGGUGUACCAGAGGACGUCUUACCUGUGCUUUUGCUGUUUUGUGCAGCGUAUUCCCAUGUACUUGUUGUUCUGGAUGAUGAAGAGUUCUAUGAACAUCAGGAACCAUUCACAUUGGAGCAACAAAGAGUGAUUUCAGCCGUGCUUAAUACUAUGGUGUACUACGGGUUUUUAUCUACUUUUAAACGGAGAAAUUCUCUGCUUAUGAGUGUAGCAAUUAAGUGUCUGAGAUCACUGUACGAGCGAGAUUGUCGGCGUAGCUUCUGCCCUGCAGGCUUUUGGCUUGCUCCAGCGAGAGCUCUACGGCCUCCUAUUGCUGCAGCAGCUAGAGCACAUGAAGUUGCGGUAGCCCUAGAAAAGACUGGUGACUCGUCGCAGACACCUGCUUUAGGGGCUAUUCUGAGGGCAAUUCCUCACGUACUUCCAUUUGAAGAAAGGAUACACAUAUUCCGUGAGUUUUUGCGGAGCGAUAAGCUGCUAAAGAUGGGUGGAGAGGUUAUUAGUUCAGAGCCAGGAAUCAUCGAGAUAGCUGUGAGACGGGAUCAUAUUGUUGAGGACGGAUAUGCUCAAUUGAAUGGAUUGGGAUCGAAGUUGAAGUCCUCUGUAAAUGUUUCCUUCGUGGACGAGCUUGGUCUUAGGGAGACAGGUCUGGAGCAUGGUGGCUUCUCCAAGGAUUUCCUCACUGAUCUUGCGAAGGAAGCUUUUGAUCCCGGAUACGGACUUUUUGUUCAAAUAGGGACAGAAGGCUUUCUUUGUCCUCACGCUGCUGCUGGAACUGUUGGCCAUGGAUUGCCAAUGCUGGAGUUUCUAGGACGUAUUGUGGGAAAAGCGUUAUAUGAAGAAAUUUUGUUAGAAUACUCCUUCUCACCACUUUUCCUCUCGAAGCUCCUUGGUCGGUGUUGUUUUCUAGAUGAUCUCCGAAGUAUAGAUGCAGAGCUUCACCGAAACCUUGUUAAUCUCAAACAUUCCAAGGCAGAUGCUCGGGACCUAUCUUUAAACUUCACAGUGGCACAAGAACUGUCUGGUGAGCAUUCUACUGUGGAGUUACGACCUGGUGGUGCAGAUAUCCAAGUGACAAAUGAGAAUAAGUUGCAGUAUGUUCAUGCCGUGGCUGACUACAAGCUUAAUCGGCAGAUGAGACCGUUGGUUACUGCAUUUGCGAAAGGCAUGGCAGACAUUAUUGAUCCACAAUGGCUUGGUCUUUUCAGUGCCAAGGAAUUCAAUCAGCUGCUGUCAGGCAGUGACCAUGAUUUUGACGUGGAUGACUUGCGCCUUCGCACUCGUUACACUGGUGGCUACACUGACAGUAGUCGAACCAUUAAAAUGUUCUGGGAGGUGUUACGAGGGUUUGAGAAGGAGGAAAGAUGUGCUCUUUUGAAAUUCGUUACCAGCUGUUCUAGAGCCCCUCUUCUUGGAUUCAAGUAUCUACAACCUGCCUUCACUAUACACAGAGUAACAUGUGAGUCAUCAAUGUGGGCUGCGAUCGGUGGGCAAGAUGUGGAUUGGUUACCAUCUGCUUCUACUUGCUACAACACUUUGAGGCUGCCAUUUUACAGGAGAGUGAGCACUUUGAGGGAGAAGUUGCGGCAUGCCAUUAAAUCAAGCACAGGCUUUGAAUCCUCCUAACUUCUCUGCAUUUGUGAAGGAUUUUUAGAGCUGUUACAUGUACGAUGGGAAGGCGGAGAGUAGAACAUUGUCAGUUGCUGUGUCUUUUGACAUCAUUCACACAUUGAUGUACAGAAUUUGAUUUUUGCCUGAAUUCCUGCCUAAGGCACGCAUGAUAUAUCAUUUCCUCACGCAAGCACUAUACUUGCGUGACCUGUACUGCCCCUUUUGUUUUCGAAGGGCAGUGGUAACGGCCAGCAUAAGAUUCAAUUAGGAUAAAAUUUUAUAACAUUCUUUCAGAUAAGGUCGAUAUUUGUUAGAUUAGACUAGGUCCGGUAAGGCUAGAAUGGUCCAACAAGUUUAGGUCACUGCAGGGUUAUGACACUCACCUAUUUUAUGAAAAAGAUUCCUUCAAAGGAUCAGGUGAGAAAAACCUAAUGGUUGCCUGCUUUUCUCUGACUUGUUUCUUACUGCUUGCGUGUGCAGAUGCUUAGUCAGUUCUGUAACCGUGUGAAUGGAGCUCAGUCCCAAUCAUCAUGACCUAUCCAAUCUUUUGUAGUUUCACACGUGCUCUGAAAAGUUAAAGCUGCCUGUUCGAUAAACUGUUCUUGAAUGAUGCAAACACUCGUGAUAAUUCAUGAGCUAAUUACGCUA